AUGGAUCGCUCUAUGACUUCCUCUCCCAACAGCAGGCGCCAAGGCAGUCAACCUAGUGCACCAAGUUCACUGCCACCAUGGGAGCAAAGGAGCGUCGCCCAAGUUCCAUACAUGGCACCAGACUCGCCGCCUUUAACUCAGACUGAGCAACAAGCCCCUCCAUCACUCUGGGCCACUCGACAAAAUGGACUUCAUGGACGAUCAAAAUCUUACACCGGCCAUCCCGACCAAGACGAUCGACACUACCAACACGGUGUAAAGACACCUCUCACAGCACCUCCCACGAAGACGUCACCACCACCAAUACCAUACGAAGUGGACAGAAUCGCUUCCGGGCCAAGGUCAGCACCGCAUCUCCCAGCCUUCGCCAAAGGCCCACCAAGUCCACCUGAUAGUACUCGUCAGUCGCUAUCAUCAACAAGCAAGUCAGCUUCUCCUGGUCAUUCGCCCCACCUAGGAAGCAAGCCGACAAUUACAGCCAUGCCUGGUACCAUGUCAGCUCGCGAGAGAAGUCGCUCACGACAUCGGACGCCAACUUCACAGGAUCCCGGCACGCAAGAACAACAUGAGCACGUACCCAUCGGCAAGCGUUUCAGGUCCGUCCUUAGGGACAUCUUUAGACGGGACCCAGUCGACGAGACUAAAUUCGAACGAAUCGAGGAUCGUCACUGGGCAGACGAGUGA